AUGAUCGAAUCUCCGGGAGUACUCUCCGUCGUGAUUGGUAAUGAAUCGGAGAAACAGAAGCAGAGGAAGCGAAUCCAAUCUCCAAGAGUAUUCUCCGGCGUGAUUGGUAAUGAAUCGGAGAAAGAGAAGCGGAGGAAGCGAAUCGAAUCUCUAAGAGUAGUAUCCGACGUGAUUGGUAAUGAAUCGGAGAAAGAGAAGCAGAGGAGUAGAAUCGAACCGUCCAGAGUAAUCACCGUCGUGAUUGGUAAGCUUAAAAACAGAGUUUUCUUGUUUGAAGCCCUAAAGAUUACAGGGCGAGGAGAGCCCUAA